AUGAGCGUUUAUCCUGGAGCUGGUACUGUAGCUCUAAGGAGGCCCAUGGAUGCAAUGUCGGUGUUCUAUGAAAAUCGUUCAGCGGCCCAUCGACGCAAGCACUUUAAAGUAACCCAAUGCCCAAGGCCAGGGCUGUGUUUCGUAUUCCACGGAAUGAUUUUAAAUGCAUGUGAACAUUUUGCCAUAGACUUUCUUACAAAACAGGGAAGUGAAAUAUGCGAAGACUGCGAUGUGCUGCUGCAAAUAGGGUCAAGACUUCCUCAAAACUAUAUUACGCGUAAUACACGGCUUAAAGGAAUGUGGGGUCCCGAGGAAAAUUCAUCAUUUCUAUCCUUUCAACUUAGCCGAGGAAAGUCUUUUUGGAUGCAGAUAUUACUUACUGAGGAGUGUUUCUUUAUUUCAGUAAAUGGCUAUCACUUUGCGGAAUACAUUCAUCGUAUGCCAUAUCGAUGGUUGGAAGCUGUGGAUGUCCUUGGUGAUGUCUCUGAUAUUGUAAUCGAUACAUACCAUGUGUCCGAGUAUCCCAUACGUCUACCUCAUUCAAUGCCUCGACUCAUUCCACAUUUAAAAGAAGAGUUACGGGAUGGAGAGAACCUAGAAACCGAAUGGAAAGUCUUAUCUUCUCUGGCGAGGAUGUCAUCUAAAAAGUAUCUUUACCAGCCCAGCCUCCCCCUUCCGUUCUAUGGGAAGCUGUUGGAAGAUAGCAGCCUCAUUGAAGGAAGAGCACUUCGCAUUGAAGGCCGCGUUCGUUUGAUGCCCCAAAGAUUCAGCAUAGCAUUCCAGAAAGGGCAGGAAAUUUGGCCGCAACCUACAGUGUCGUUCUAUUUUAGCCCAUGUUUCUUGAGAAGUAGACAUGACAAAAUCGGUAAGGCUAUAAUUACACGUCGUGCAUAUUUAAAUGGUGAAUGGGUUAACUGCACAGUUUCUCGCCUAAAUACUAGUCUUAGACCAGGCGGCGCAUUUGUUAUAGUAAUUGUAUGCCGAGAUAGCUAUUACGAACUUUUUGUUAACAACAAGUCCUUGUUUCACUUCAAAUAUCAAAUGAAGCCAGAUUGUGUUGACAUCGUUAAUAUCCGUGGAGACAUAAAUCUUAUGGAAGUAGUCCUCGAAGGCAGCCAUAUUAAAAAGCCACGUGUCCGUACCGCCAUGGAACGUGCUAUAAAUGCGUGGAAGCGGUCUCAAAUCCAGCAACUCAAAAUAUGACUGUAAUAGUGACAUCCUCUCUGUGAAGAUCAAUGUUUAAACCUGUUAUUCGAAUAUAAAA